UUCCCUCAGAUUUUCUCUCAUUUCCUCCCUUCAAUCCCAGCGCCUCGCCAUGGCAGAUACCCUUCUCGAUUCUGGCAUGGACGAAGUCCAGAAGCGCCUCAUGUUCGACGACGAAUGCAUUUUAGUGGAUGAGAACGAUCGUGUCGUGGGUCAUGAAUCCAAGUAUACCUGUCACUUGAUGGAAAAUAUCGAAUCUAAGAACUCACUGCAUCGCGCUUUCAGCGUCUUUCUAUUCAACUCCAAAUAUGAACUGCUUAUUCAGCAACGAUCUGCUAAAAAGGUGACGUUUCCGCUUGCGUGGACGGACUCGUGCUGCAGCCAUCCAUUGUAUAAAGAAUCUGAUCUAAUUGAGGAGGAUGCCCUUGGUGCAAGGAAGGCUGCCCAACGGAAGCUGUUGCAUGAACUCGGUAUUCCUGCUGAAGAUAUCCCGGUUGACCAGAUCAUUCCGGUUGGUCGAAUGCUAUACAAGGCACCCUCAGAUGUCAAAUGGGGGGAGCAUGAAUUGGACUAUCUCCUCUUCAUCGUUCGAGAUGUUAAUGUGAACCCGAACCCGAACGAAGUGGCGGAUGUGAAGUACGUAAACAAGGAGGAGUUGAAGGAGCUUGUGAGGAAAGUAGAUGCUGGAGAAGAGGGCUUGAAGCUGUCUCCGUGGUUCAGGCUUGUUGUGGACAAUUUUCUGUACAAAUGGUGGGAUCAUGUGGAGAAGGGGACUCUCAAGGAAGCUGCUGACAUGAAAACAAUUCACAAGUUGACCUGAGAUCUAAACCUCAUCCUCUAUGCGACUGUUUGGUUUGAGGUUAUGUUAUACUAUUUGAGAAUAAGAUAUGUGAGAGAAGAAUGUCUGUGAAUAAAAUAAAAUAUGUAAUGACCGUUUGGAUCUCUACUAACCUAAAAAUAUUACGGUUUAUAGCAUAUUCUAUUAUCUAUAAAUAAACCGUUCAAACUUUAUCAU